GUGUAAAAGAUGAGUUAUCUGAGCCUUUUUGGCAAGUCAUGCUUCUGUUCACGUACUUCUAACUGCAACAUUGUUUUUUAUCUGCACUUUGUGUCUCUUGCAUGAAAUAACUCUGUUUCUAUUGUGAAAAUGUUGAGAGUCGGACCGUUUCAAGUGGGAACUGACUAUCUUCUGUUGUUGUAUACCCUCAUGAUUAUCAUCAUUUUCCCAGUGCUCAAUAUCCUUCCCUGUCGUCCUUACCUUUUUUUCCUUAUGUCGUGACUCAUUGGGUCUUUUUCUUCACUUUUGCCUGAGGUGUACAUAGGAUUGAACACGUCCAUGUCAUCUGUAAUGGUCUUUGUUGUCUCGAUGCUUGCGGGUAUUUGUUCACGGGACACCUGUUCUAACAUGAUCAUGUUCUCCCUGUCAGGUAAACUAAUUUUCAGGAAGGUCCAGUACUCCAAAGGAUGGGCCUAAUUAGUGAGUUUUCUUUCUUUCCUUUGUCUGAUGUCUUGUACAACUCUCCCAUGUUCCUUUCCCUUUUGGCAACUAAAAGUGCCUUUCCCCAUUGUUUCCAUUUCCUUAGAAAUGUAGCUGGUGCUUUUCAUGGAUUCACAAGGUUGAUUACUCGUAAGUCUGUCUUGUAGUGCCAUAGCUAAAGUCUUGAAUUAUCAGGUGCCCUCCUUUCCCUUUCCUCACAUGUAAUCGAAAGGCAGCCCCCCAUGAAAACAGGUGUAUGCUCGUCGUAUUUGCUGGACAGACCAUAGCCCUCUGAGCUGCCAUGUACUGAAGUGGCAAAAACUGUCUAUCCUAAGUUUGCUGGGAAACACCAUGUCCCAUUUGAACAAUGGAGAGCAUUAACUAGCAUGAUAAUUGUUAAGCUUAGUUUUCUAUUUAGUUUUUUGUGCCCCCUUAUUAGAAUCUAUACUCUCCAUGAUUAUCAAAUUUGCUUCAUGAUGGCAAUGACCAACGGAUGUUUGUCUGCUACUUUCUUGCAGGAACCGUAACCUUUUCUGCCGAGAGAUAGUCUAAGGUAAACACAAAUUGCUUACAGUAACUUGCUACACAUUGCUUUGAUAUCUGCUCUGCAUUCACAGUUCCCUUGUGGAUCAAUAGACCACUGCCAGAAAACAACAUCAUUGAAUCAGUUUAUAGAGUUUCAAGAAUCUGCUAGGAAAAUAUUGCUUCUGGAGCAGUUCCAGGUUGCAUAGAGAAGUUAAAUGAGUCUAAAAAAUCUGCUAUCGAGUUGCAGUGCCUUAGAGGGUAGUUUCGAGAGAAUGAACAUGAGAACCCUACCAGUCCCAUUAGGAAAAAUAUGGUUACGCGGGAACUAAUCGUACUGUAUAAUACGGCAUUGAUUUGAUGGGUAGUUAAGUGAAGCAACGUAACCAUGGAACUGCAUUAUUGCAAAAAUACAUUAUGAUGGAGAGACAACCUUGACUACAAACUGUCACAACCUAACCUUGUCGAUGAGGAAAAGAACUGGGAGCUAGAGAACGAAGGAGUUUUGCCACGUUUUGAAUGGCUCUUUUAGGCGCACCACUAAACUACAAAGGGAUAGUGGCUAUGGCUUGGGGCUGUAUAUAAUAGGUGGUCGACUGGUUAAAUAGAGAAAUGUAGGUUGUAUAGUAAACAAUGAUGAAUGGUCAAUAUAGACUGGAAGUAGACAUGUAACUUUCAAAGUUUGUGUACCUGCAGGUGCAGGAGACAUAACUAGAAGUGGGGUGGCAAAUAGCUAAGGGCCUUCAAUAACCUUCUGGUAUAUUUUGAGAAUGCAUGUAUUUCGGUUUCCAGGUAAUAUGACAUACAGUUGUUUGUUUUUUUUGUCAUACUUUUUUUUGUUAUUUAGUUUCCCCCUUCAUUCAUCUCAAUGCUACCCUUUGUCAUUUAGACGAUGUUCUCAUUUCAAAUGCAUGUAUUUCCCUUCAUUUAUCUCAAUGCUGGAAUUUUCAGCCUGAUUUAGACAGUUUUCUCAUUUCAAAUACAUGCAUUUUUACGCUAGGAAAACACACCCACAAUGAUUAUGAUCCCCAUUACCUAGUGAUAUAUAUCAAGGGAAAUGUAGUAUUAGUCUAUGCAUUACUUCUCCAGCACAACAGUCACCAAACCAAGCCAAACACAAAGCGUCCAAACUUGCGAGUCAUGUAGGUAAGGGCUGAUGUCUGAAUAAGCUCGAAUGUUUUCUGUGUGGAAUGACUUUAACGGUGUUGAUUGAUUGAGUAGAGUCCAUGUGGAACCCUCGUGCGAAUACCUAAGAUCACGGCGGGUUCUUCUGCCCAUUCCUUAUUGGCACACGCCUUGAAUUUGCUCUUCGGAGUAGAGACAGGAGUUCCUGUUUGUGGUCACAUCAACAAUCACUAGUUUCUAAAUUCUAACCCACUUAGGAUUUAUUUUUUAUUGACGUUUCAAGCAAUGCAUUCCCAUAUGGUGGUUAGCACUUAGCACUGAAUGGUAGUCGUCGUAGCAAAUGGUCACAAGUGUCAUUGACGGAGGGUCUACCUAUCUUGGCUGAACCAUCAAGAUACAUGGCAGCCUUAAAUUAAGUUCAUCUUCUUGCCAAUUAUUGAUAUGAUUGUGUUCUUAAAAUAUAAGUUGUUGUACAAAAUCUUAGGAUUAGGCCUUUGAGACCAUUCGAGAACUAGCAUAGGAUAUGAUACUGAUAUUGGAAAAGUAUAUAUAGAAUUCUCCUUGAGUUUUAAUUAGUUUCCUGAUUGAACCAAAAGAAAAUUUCCAGUUAACUUUAUGCUCGAUUCCAUCACAUCACAUGAUAAAUUGUGGUAUCAUAUAUUCAGUAUGGACGUUAGAAUUGAAUUCUCCAUGGUACUAACCUAUUUGCAAGGUACUUUAUAGUUCAGUGGCGUUUUUUCCUUGUUAUAAAGAGUUAAGUGAGUUGGAGAAAGAUGCAUCCGAAAGUCGUUUAGUGACUUGGAUAAGGUUGAUUUUUGGUUAUGCAACAUCUUUAUUAUUAGUUUUAGCAUUUUGAAAGUUUUGACCAACAACUCAAACGUGAAUCAUGCCAAAUAGAGGAUUACACCUUGAGGUGUUCCCAUUGGGAACCUGCUCUAACAACUCCCCUACAGGCUAUAGCACAAGCGAGCAGGAAAUAAAAAACAAGAAUCUUUAGUGCCAUACUCUUUGGUAUAAGGACAUAGAACACCAUCCACCCGCAAAUGCACAACUACCAUGCAAGUUGAAGGAUUGUAUUUCUGCCCAUUGCCUAGUUACUUCCUCCAUGAUAGAUAAUGCAUUUUUUAUGUGCUGAGGAAUUGGUAGUAUAGUUGAAUGUUUAAGACGGUUCUCUUUGUGGUCAAAUCAGGAUAAAUAUUACUGAAAGUGAACGUCCUGCAUGGUGCGUUUGAAGAUGUAAGCUGCCAACAAUGAGAUCAAUGUAUAACCCCACCGUCAAGAGACAAAGGUAAGCAAUCAACUAUCUUACAUAUUGUAGUCACUUACAAACUGUUGGUAAAUCAUAACAGAAACACACCAGCACCUCUCACGUCUGUCGCAAGGGAAACCGUGGCUGAACUUGCAUGGCUAUGCGCACCACGUUGGGCCGGUUUAUAGGACAUGGAUCGUUUAUGGCUCUCUUUAUAUGCUGGGCUGAAGGCCCAAGCUUACCAUUCUCGAGGGACGUGAUCCCGUUUACGUUCCCGAGGGGUUCGCUGAUGCCAGGGCCGCCCAGAAUUGACGAAAUAGCUUUGGGCCUUUGAAACAUGACACUCCAGUGAACUAUAAAUAUCCUCACAAAAUAAAAUUGUAGGAGGAUAACGGUCGCGGCUCACGUCACGGUCGCUAAAUCCAUGGCCCAUGCAUGAAUGCGAAAAAAUCCCCGUCAACACACUCCCAUGCGUAAAUUAAUUGACCAUCCUUUUGGCAUGUUCUAUGAAAUCGUACCGUAUUCACGGUUUAACCACAAAUUAUUAAUAUCAGAGGCUAAAUUAAUAGGUGAUAUUUAACGGUCUAACGGUUGAACUACGAUUAAAUCACGGUUUUAUCAUAAAAUAUUAUAUUGCUAACUUUUCUAGUAUGAUAUUCGAUAUGGUUUCAUGGACCAUGCCUUUUAGCCGGAAUUGCAGACGUUACGGAGCAGGCUCUCCUAAUUACCUACUGCUUUCUCUCUCAAUUGACGGCUCAGCUCUCAGUCUCUCACCACGAGUCGGAUGCUCAGUUGCGGGAUAUUGCUCAACAUCUAAUCCAAACCCAAUGGAAUCCCUUUUCUUCCUCCUCCUUUGCACAUCUCUCGUUUUGUCUCUAAAUCUGAAUCUUCCCGAAGAAAAAAAGGAACCACCUCCGCCGUGUCAAGAACCAGUUGAUCCAAUAACUCAAGUUGUUGGGAGAGGUUCAAUCGUGGAUCAUAUACCACAACACUAACACGCCCCCUCAAACGAAAGCCACUCACAAGGGCUUGAAGUUUGCACAGGUCUGAAGACAAGAAUACCAUGUGCUUAACAAAUGGAGUCAUCGGGAAUCGAACACAAGACCUCUCGGUCAUAGAAGGCUCUGAUACCAUGUCAAGAACUAGUUGCUCCCAAUAACUCGAGUUGUUGGGAGAGGUUCAAUCGUGGAUCAUAUACCACAACACUAACACGCCCCCUCAAACGAAAGCCACUCACAAGGGCUUGAAGUUUGCACAGGUCUGAAGACAAGAAUACCAUGUGCUUAACAAAUGGGGGUCACCGGGAGUCGAACACAAGACCUUUCGGUCACAGAAGGCUUUGAUACCAUGUCAAGAACCAGUUGAUCCCAAUAACUCGAGUUGUUGGGAGAGGUUCAAUCGUGGAUCAUAUACCACAACACUAACACGCCGCCAUUAACCGAGAUAUCCGAAUCCCUGCUCCUGGACUCCGCCGGCGCCGUCCCGGUAGAGCGGGUGCCGGAGUGGAAGGAGCAGAUCACGGUCCGGGCCCUUGUCGUGAGCGCGUUGAUGGGCGGACUGUUCUGCGUCAUCACGCACAAGCUCAACCUCACGGUCGGAAUCAUCCCCUCGCUGAACGUCGCCGCCGGCCUACUCGGCUUCUUCUUUGUCAAGUCCUGGACUGGAGUUAUGUCCAAAUUAGGGUUCAGCGUUGCUCCGUUCACCAAGCAGGAGAACACGGUGAUCCAGACUUGCGUUGUCGCAAUCUACGGCCUCGCCGUCAGCGGUAAUGCGGUGGAUUUGGUUCCUACUUGAUUGCUCUGGAUGAGAAGACGUAUGAAUUGAUUGGGAAGGAUUAUCCUGGGAAUCGGCCGCAAGAUGUUAUGAACCCUGGACUAGGAUGGAUGAUUGGGUUUAUGUUCGUGGUCAGCUUUCUCGGGCUCUUUAGCCUGGUUCCACUCCGCAAGGUAGCUCAUUUAUCCAUUUCGAACACUGUCAUCAUUGAAUGUUUGCUAAUAUAUGCGUUGUGCGGAGAAGUUGAAGUUCCCAAUUCAGCAUACAAUUCGAGGAUAAAGUGUGAAUGUGGUUAUUGAUGAAAGGAUUCAAUGUUUUGGUCAUUUUGUACCUUGUGUUCUCUGUUUUUACUCUGUUCUAUCUGUAGUGAUUAGAUUCAAUUGGAAGAUGACUAAAUGGCUAAAUUGUUCGUUUGGAUGCUAAAUGUUUACUGUGUCACUUGUUAUGGUCUGCAUGGCACCGAAUUAUGGUUGGGUUGAUGGUCGGCUUCUUCUCUUACGUAUUUCAAAUCUGGUUCUUAUUUUGAUGAUAGGUUAUGGUAAUGGAUUACAAGCUUACUUAUCCAAGUGGGACUGCUACGGCAAUGUUGAUUAAUUGGUUUAGGUUGAAGAAGGUAGAGAAGAAAAAUGUAAACUACGAAAGACCGAUGAUAAUCCUUCCCUUGAUUUUACUUGACUAACCCCACUAAGAUAUACUUUUUUAUAUAAUAAAUACUACGAGAUACUUGUUGGAAGAAAAAUAUAGAGAACAAGUUCCUGAAUGACCUCCUCUGUACACCAUUAAAUGAAUAGCUUCCCUUUUACCAAUAUAUAUUUUCUCUAUACACUGGUGUUUAACUCAUUCCUUUCUUUCUGUUUGCUUUCAUGGGGAUUCUCAACUCUUGAUCCGCCGGAUGAUUGGAGGUGAUAUGCAUCAUGUUCGGGGUGGCGCUAUUUUGGAAGACGUUAGGAGCUUGGCAUCUUCCUUCCUCGAUGUUUCUUUCGUUUUUGUUUCUCGACAACUUAAUAGGGCUGCCCAUCAUGUGGCACAACAGGCCCUUUCAUCGGGAGUUCGGCUAUUUGUCGACUCCCGCGCUUUACUUUCUUCUGGCUUCUGACUUUGGUUUCCUUAUCUGACUUUGCCAAAAAAAAAAAUCUUCCUAUAAACGUAACAUGUAUUGUUGUAAAAUAAGUCGUCUUUAGUCUAUUUGAGAGCCUAUACACGUGUAGAAGUGUGUGCUAAGUUAAAUAUAUGAGAGGCAGAAAUAUUGUUGGAAAAAAUAAAAUUAAAAGAGGAUAGUGGUAGUGGUUCACAUCUAAGGAUGGUUAUUUGAAACCCUGUCAUCCGCGAUGGGGCGGGUAUUACCUGAGCCACAGUAACAUGGGGCGGGACAUGGGUAGCUACUUCCGACUUGUCUCAUUUUUAGCCUAUUAUAUCUCAAUUCCUUACAAUAUCUAUUCAUAUUUCUCAUAUUUAGACUUUUCUUUAACAAGUUAGAUUUGAUCUUUGAACUAGUUAGACUCAAUUACCUAUUAUAUUAUCACUAUUUUCAUCCUUAAAGUGUUUUCUCUCAAUUUUAUCAGAAAAAAGUAAAAUUUACAUAUAUUUUUUUCAAAUAAUAAAUAGAAAGAGUUGGUCGCCCCGCCCCAUACCCGCAUGAUAUUACCCUCUGCAACUCAUUAUAAUGUGGGACAAGACAUGAAUAUUGAGGUAGCCGUCUCACUUCUUCCCAUUUCCAUCACUACUCACAUCACCGUCGCUAAAAUCCAUCGCUGAUGUUCCUCUCAAAAAUCACACUCCCCAACGCAUAAACUAGUUGAUCAUCC